AUGGCAGAAACCACACUUGAAAAAACAACGGAAACAGGUGCAAUAUCGCCACGUGGCUGCACUUUAAUCACAGAAUUGCCAGAAAUAAUAAUUCAUAUAUUUCAAUACUUGAAAGAUGGAGAAUUAGAUGUAUGCAGGCAAGUGUGUACCAAAUGGAGAGAUAUCAUCGAAAACAUAAUGUAUCACCGAGUAACAAUGAUGACAAGGAAAAUUCCUUUUAAUAUAAUAAUCACCGCAAUCCACGAAUCGGAAAAUUUACGUCCCUACGUUGGUUUCGACGACAAUUUUCAAUACUGUUGGUUCGUUUUAGGAGACAAAUCUGAUCGUCCGGUUCUGACUACAGAUGAUCUUAAACGAUUCAGAAGACCUACACUUGAGCCUAUUCCAAGUCAUAAGUAUACGUACUUUAUGCAUUCAUACAAUCCAAACUCUGCUAGAAAGUUUUUUUUUUUGCACAUUAUAAGUACUCAUCAACCGACAAAACCGAAAUACAAAUAUCAAUGUUUCCAAACAUUCCAGGUUUUAAUAUUUUUAAUUAUUCGUUCACUCUACGUGGAAAGUAACCUAUACUUUAUCACAAGUCAGACUUGAUAAAGGAAAUAGAAAAUGUAUGCCACAAAAUUAAUAUACCGGACGGACAAAAAAAGUGCAUUAUUUUUUACAAAGAUAUUACAGUAUAUUCGUUCGAAACUGAACAUUCCGAAGACCAUCGUAAUCUAUACAGGCUCACACUAUUUCAUGGUGAGAAAGUGAAUGCUUUUCCUGUUUAUAUUUAUGAAGGUAAAACUGGUUAUACGACUAUUCAAGAAAAAUUAAAAAAACUGAAAUAUUGUGAACUGAAAAUGGUACAGAAGAGAUGUUUCGCAUAUGUUUUUUAUGACGCGUGUACAGAGUGCAUGAAUUCAGCAACUCGAGCAUUUAGCGAAGUGUUUCCUUUAGUGAAAUACGUUACUCAUCACUUUUUACCGUCCUAUUUAUCAAUUAUUCCAAGCAAAAUAGAGUAUUUUCGUGUAGAUAAAUACUGUUUUAUUCCCUGCACUAUAAUAAUGGUUUUCGUGAGGUGGAAAUAAAUUUAUUGUAUU